CCGCCUAGAUUAAUACAACUUUUCAUUAAAGUCAACAGUGCGUAUAGGUGAUAAAAUUGUAAGCCAAUGCGCAGAUGCAUUUUUCUUAACCAAUUUCUUUUGGCAUGCUUUCAAUCCCCCAAAUCGUACUGUAAAAUUACCUGUUUCCAUAUAAAUGGGAACCCUACCGAACACGUAGCCCUAGCAAACAUCUCCUUUCCUUUCAAAACUCUUAUUUUGGGCCAAAUUUUCAAAAAUGAACACCUUGCGGAAAAUGAACACCCUGGUUCGCCUGAGAUCGUUGGGCUGUGGAGCUUAUCGACUGUAUUCCGCUAAGGAUCAGAAGCCAAAACCGCAGGAGAAGCCCAAGGAAAAGUCUGGGGAAAAGGUGAAACCUGGAGAAAAAGGAAAUGAGAAAGGCAAAGGAGCGGGAGACCCUGCCAAGAAGACCACCAAGGUGACCAUGAUCAAUGGCGAGGGCGUGGGACCCGAGUUAAUGGGUGCAGUACAGGAGGUGAUGUGUGCCGUGAAGGCCCCCAUCGAGUGGGACAUUCUGGAGGAGUACAUGGCCCCGGAUAGCGAAGAUGUCUCCUCAGGGGUUCUGGAGUCCCUGAGGGCCAACAAGGUGGGCAUCAAGGGUCCCGUGGAGAGUCGCCACUGGCAGCGCCACAUCCGCAAGCAGUUCGCGCAGUUCGCCUACGUGUCCCUAUGCUCGAAUAUCAAGGGUUUGGACACGCCCUACGGCGAUUUUGAUGUGGUGAUCAUUCGGGAUCAGAUGGAGGGGGACUACUCCGGCAUCGAGCACUCCGUGGUUCCUGGUGUAAUGCAGACCAUUAAGGUGAGCACCACGACGGGAGCAGCCAGGAUUGCCGAGUUCGUCUUUGGCUAUGCGGUGAAGCAUCAGAGGAAGAAGAUCACGGUGGCCCACAAGGCCAACAUCAUGCGGAUGACGGAUGGGAACUUCCUGGAGGCCAUGCGAGCCGAGGGCGAGAAGCAUGUGGAGAAGAUUAAGUUUGAGGAACGCUACCUGGACACCUGCAUCCUGAACAUGCUGAUGAAGCCGCACAAAUGCGAUGUCAUGGUUUCAUCGAGCAUGUAUGGUGAUGUGAUGAGGGUUCUGGCGGGUGGGAUGAUGGGAGUGCCUGGCAUAUGUCCUGGUUACUCCGUGAGUACUCUCGGAACCGUUUUCGACUCCCGGAUGAAGGCGUGCCACGCCCUGGCCGGCAAGGAUAAGGCCAAUCCCACGGGACCCCUGCUCUGUGCCGCCCUGAUGCUGCGCCACUUGAAGCUGGACAAGCAGGCGGACCAGGUGGAGUGUGCCAUUCGCACUGUCUAUAAGGAUAGCGACAUUCGCACCGAGGAUGUGGGCGGCAAGGCCAAGUGCUCCGAGUUCGUCAAGGCCGUAUGCGGAUGUCUCGAUAAGGCGAAGUAAUGGGCUCAAGAAGUAUGGAACUUUGUUCCUUUAAAUAGUAUGGACUUUCUGCAAUGGUAUUACAUGUCUCGAAAUUAACAUUAAAAACAAUUCAGCUAAUAAAUAUGUAUUAAAAACCAA